UAUUCAUCAGAGCUAACUAGCCAUUAGUUUUCAGUACUGUUAAACCUCAGUUUUCCAGAGAGUAUAACAGCUUAAGUUUGGCAACAAUGGCUGUGUCAAUCAAGUGUUUCUUCAUGGCCAUUACUCUUCUUGCUUUUGCACCGCUUUCGCUCUGUCACAAGGGCUAUGGUGGUGGUGGUGGUGAUAGUCUGUAUCCACAGUAUUACGAGAAGUCGUGCCCACGAGCGCUAGAGAUUGUCCGGUUUGAGGUUGCGAAAGCGGUGGCUAAAGAAGCAAGAAUGGCUGCUUCUUUGCUCAGGCUCGCCUUUCAUGACUGUUUUGUUCAGGGGUGUGAUGCAUCUAUACUUCUAGACAGCGGGAAUGGCAUAACCAGCGAGAAGAAUUCAAACCCCAACAGAAAAUCUGCUCGCGGGUUUAACGUGAUUGAUGAUAUCAAAGCUGCCUUGGAGAAGGAGUGCCCUCACACUGUUUCUUGCGCUGAUAUUAUGCAACUUGCUGCCAGGGAUUCUACCCAUCUGAGUGGUGGACCAUUCUGGGAAGUUCCAUUAGGAAGGAAAGACUCCAGGAGUGCCAGCCUGAGUGGCUCCAACAACAACAUCCCUGCCCCAAACAACACCUUCCAAACCAUUCUUACCAAGUUCAAGCGCCAGGGCCUUGAUCUUGUUGAUCUUGUGGCAUUAUCUGGGAGCCACACAAUUGGGAAUUCAAGAUGUACCAGCUUCAGACAGAGGCUUUACAACCAAUCUGGAAACAGCAAACCAGACUCUACCUUGGAUCAGUACUAUGCUGCUCAGCUGCGCAACAGGUGCCCGAGAUCCGGUGGCGACCAGAACCUGUUUUUCUUGGACUUCGUGAGCCCGACUAAGUUCGACAACAGCUACUUCAAGCUGUUGUUGGCAAACAAGGGACUUCUCAACUCAGACCAAGUUCUGACCACCAAGAGUGAAGCCUCAUUGCAGCUGGUGAAAGCAUAUGCAGAGAACAAUGAGCUUUUCCUUCAACAUUUCGCCUCGUCCAUGAUCAAGAUGGCCAACAUUUCGCCUCUCACCGGCUCCAAGGGAGAAAUCAGGAAGAAUUGCAGGAAGAUCAACUCUUAAUACAAAUACCAUAAACUCCUCACUGAAACAGCAGAAGUAAUAAACUGUGUCUUGGUUGUCAUUUAUUGUCCUCUUUUCCCCAUUUUUCCAGCUUUUGAGUGUCUGUAAUCUGUAUUUCCUCAUUUUUUUUGAUCGGUUUGUGUUUGAAUAUACAUAAAGUAUUACAUAAAUUUC